AUGGCCAAGAACAAGAAGGGAGAGCUUGAUGAUCUCAAGCAGGAGGUCAAGAUGGAUGAACAUCAGAUCCCGAUCGACCAACUCGUUGCUCGUCUCGGUACUGACCUGGAAAAUGUGAGAGACGGCAGAUAAUCAUGUUCAAUUCAUGUGGCUGAUUUAAUAAAUAUUAUUUUAGGGUCUGACCACAGCUAAGGUCGAAGAAGUGUUGGCCAGAGAUGGACCAAACGCCCUUUCUCCACCCAAGACUACUCCAGAAUGGAUCAAGUUCUGUAAGAACUUGUUCGGAGGUUUUGCCAUGCUGCUGUGGGUUGGUGCCGUCCUUUGCUACAUCGCUUUUGCCGUCGACUACUUCAGUAUGGAGCAUCCCGCCUUCGACAACUUAUAUCUUGGCCUGGUCUUGAUGAGUGUCGUCAUCAUCACCGGUUGUUUCCAAUACUACCAAGAAAGCAAGUCCUCCAAGAUUAUGGAAUCCUUCAAGUCCAUGGUCCCAACCUUUGCUUUGGCCUACCGUAACGGCGAGAAGGUCCAAGUUCCGACCGAAAAGCUGGUGGUUGGUGAUGUCGUUGAGGUCCGUGGUGGUGACCGUGUCCCUGCCGAUAUCCGUGUCAUCUACGCCAUGGGAUUCAAGGUGGACAACGCGUCGUUGACUGGUGAAUCUGAGCCCCAAUCUCGUUCUCCCGAAUGCACCAACGAGAAUCCUCUGGAGACCAAGAACAUUGCCUUCUUCUCCACCAAUGCUGUUGAAGGUACCGCCAAGGGUAUUGUAAUCUACACUGGUGACCGAACCGUCAUGGGAAGAAUUGCUCAUUUGGCCGCUGAUUUGGACGCUGGAAUGACCCCGAUUGCCCGUGAAAUUGAGCAUUUUAUCCAUUUGAUUACUGGUGUCGCUGUCUUCCUGGGUGUCUCCUUCUUCAUCAUCGCCUUCGCCUUGGGCUACCAUUGGCUUACCGCCGUUGUCUUCUUGAUUGGUAUCAUUGUCGCUAACGUACCUGAAGGUAGGUAUAAUUUUAUUUAUCUAGGCGUUCAAUUUAGAUGCUAUGAUUAUUAUCAAAUAUUUGUGUUUAGGUCUUAUUGCCACUGUCACCGUCUGUUUGACCUUGACUGCCAAACGUAUGGCCGCAAAGAACUGUUUGGUCAAGAACUUGGAAGCCGUCGAGACCCUCGGCUCCACUUCCACCAUUUGCUCUGAUAAGACUGGUACCCUCACCCAGAACCGCAUGACCGUCGCCCACACCUGGUUCGACCAGACAAUUGCCAACUGCGAUACGACUGAGAACUACGUCGGCGGAGAAAGCAAACAACGCGGCGAGACCGAGAAGGCUUUGCUCCGAGUUGCCGCCCUCUGUAACCGCGCCGAAUUUAAGCCUGGCCAGACGGAUGUCCCAAUCCUCAGACGUGAUUGCACUGGUGACGCCUCUGAGAUUGCUCUCCUGAAAUUCACCGAACUCCAACUCGGAAAGAUCACCCAAUACAGACAGAAGAACCCCAAGAUUGCUGAGAUUCCAUUCAACUCGACGAACAAAUUCCAAGUCUCCGUCCAUGAGACUGAUGACGGACAUCCUGGAUAUCUUCUGGUCAUGAAAGGAGCCCCAGAAAGAAUCCUCGACCGUUGUUCCACCAUUUUGCUUAAGGGUGAAGAGAAGCCCUUGGAUGAACAUCUUCGUCAUCACUUCAAUGAUGCUUACUUGGAUCUUGGCGGACUUGGCGAACGUGUUCUGGGUUUCUGCGACUUCAGACUGGACGUUGACAAGUUCCCUAAGGGCUUCAAGUUCGAUGUUGAAGAGGUCAACUUCCCAAUCACUGGACUCAGAUUCGUUGGUCUCAUGUCCAUGAUUGAUCCUCCCCGUGCUGCUGUCCCAGAUGCCGUUGCCAAGUGCAGAUCUGCCGGUAUUAAGGUAAGAUUACUUUUAAUGAGAUGUUUAAUGCACAACAAAUAUUAUUAUCUGGUUGUUUUCAGGUUGUCAUGGUCACUGGUGACCAUCCUAUUACCGCUAAAGCCAUUGCCAAAUCCGUCGGAAUCAUCUCGGAGAACUCCGAAACCGUCGAAGACAUUGCCAUGCGCAAGGGCGUUCCAGUCGAACAUGUUCAUCCCACUGAAGCCAAGGCCGCCGUCCUUCACGGAUCGGAUCUUCGUGAGAUGACCUCCGAUCAAUUGGACGAGUUCAUUGCCCACCACAACGAAAUUGUGUUUGCCCGAACAUCUCCUCAACAAAAGCUGAUGAUUGUUGAAGGUUUCCAACGUCAAGGCCAGAUUGUCGCUGUCACUGGUGACGGUGUGAAUGACUCCCCAGCUCUCAAGAAAGGUAAGGAAUUUUUUUUACGAUUGGGAUUCUUCUUUUCCAAAUUCAUUGCUCUCUUCAAUUCCCCUUUUCCUUUUUCGCACAGAUGCGACAGUUUGUCGCGGGUGCGACAUCGCGACAUCCGAAUUCAGUCUUGAGCUCACAAUCUGUGCACUGUGCACUUUUUCAACUCGAAGAGGGAGUGUGUGCGCAGUGAUUACGGAAGAGAAAAAGAGUGUUUGCAUGCACAGUGCGAUUGCAUUGAGAGUUCGUUUUGCGAAAUGGAGAUUUGGGUGAACAAUGCUUUGCGACAGAUUGUCGCGCUAGCGACAAGCAUUUUUGGCGCAAAUCAGCGGCAGGAUUGCAUUCUCGCGUUUGUCGCGGUUUCCCUUUCUGUCGCAACAGUUGUUUUGGUUUCAAAAAUUGCACUGUGCAUGUUUUCAACCCGAAGAGUGAGUGUGUGCCCGAUGAUGACAGAAGAGAAAAAGAGUUAUCAAUCGCACGGUGCGGUUGAGAGUUCACUUGGAAAAGGAAAAUUUCCCGAUUUUUUGCACAGUGCGAAAUUUCAAAAGAAAAAAUCAGCAAAAAUGGGGUGCAGAACUGGAAAUGCAGACUUCAAAUCUUACAUUUUUAGCCGAUAUUGGAGUUGCCAUGGGUAUCACUGGAUCCGAUGUCUCCAAGCAAGCCGCUGACAUGAUUCUUCUUGAUGACAACUUCGCUUCCAUCGUUGUCGGUGUUGAAGAAGGUCGUCUUAUUUUCGACAAUCUCAAGAAGUCGAUUGCUUACACCCUCACCUCCAACAUCCCUGAGAUUUCGCCUUUCUUGACCUACAUUCUCUUCGGUAUUCCUCUUCCUUUGGGUACGAUCACCAUCUUGUGUAUUGAUUUGGGUACUGACAUGGUCCCUGCCAUCUCUCUGGCCUACGAAGAAGCUGAAUCCGACAUCAUGAAGCGUAGUCCUCGUGAUCCACAACACGACAAACUUGUCAACGAGCGUUUGAUUUCGUUGGCCUACGGUCAAAUUGGUAUGAUUCAAGCUUCGGCUGGUUUCUUCACCUAUUUCUGGAUCAUGGCUGACAAUGGAUUUAUGCCAUCCAGGCUCUACCAACUCCGUUCGGAAUGGGACUCCAUGGCUGUCAACAAUGUUCAAGACAGUUAUGGACAAGAAUGGGUAUGCUUUCGGUUAUGUGAAGUGGUUUAUGUUCUGCUCAACAUUCAGAGAUUGAAUAAAAAUAAUGUGUUUUUAUUUUAGGCCUACCAAGACCGUAAGAUCCUGGAGUACACCUGCCAGACCGCUUACUUCGUCGCCAUUGUCAUUGUGCAAUGGGCCGAUCUGAUCAUCUCCAAGACCCGCCGUAACUCCUUGGUACAACAGGGAAUGUCCAACUGGACGAUGAACUUUGGUUUGGUCUUCGAAACCGCUUUGGCUGCCUUCCUCUGCUACUGUCCCGGCCUUGACAAGGGUCUUCGCAUGUACGGCCUCCGUUUCAGCUGGUGGUUCCCAGCUCUUCCAUUCUCCAUCGUCAUCUUCAUCUACGAUGAAGUCCGUCGUUUCUUGAUCCGUCGCUAUCCUGGUGGAUGGGUCGAACGCGAGACCUACUACUAA